GGCAGAGGGACUCGCUUGACUGACAAGUGUUGCAUGGAAAGGACAAUCCUUCCUUCCUUCCUUCCUUCCUUCCUUCCUUCCUUCACUCCUCUUGGUAGACUUGUUCACUUCCCCCUCCUUGUUAGGCUCACUACACUCUGCGGACACUACACUGUCACUGUUCCCUUGUCUUGACAACCCACCCCCCUUUGGACACUCGCUCGCUCCCUCGCACGACAUUGCACUUCCCUAGCUCCAACCGCUUGCGACUCCACGUAGCAACUCACUCCCUACCUUCCUUUCUUACUCAACAAGUCUCCACGGCACACAAAAAGGUCACCAGCACGAUUCGAUUUCCCAUCUCCCACAAGCAAGUAUGACUAUCAGCACUCCCACUACCGCUCCCACUACUACUACUACUCCCACUGGAGGUAAAGCAAAAUACUCUGCCCAUCUCUCCAAUGGUGAUCCCACCAUCCUCUCUACCUCCUACAUCCCUACCCAUCCUCAUCUCUUCCUCGUCCACUUCUCUCCUGGAGACUACAACUCUUCUCUUGUUACUCAACGUCCCUUUGCUAGAGGAGAGACAUUGGCUUAUAUGGAUUCGGCAGAGCGGGCACCACUUAAGAGGUACUCGACGGUGCAAGUAGGAGAGGAGAGUCAUAUUGAACUCAAUAGCGAUUUGCUCUACAUCAACCAUUCGUGCGAUCCGUCAGUUAGAUUUGAAGUUGGAGAAGAGAGGAAGAUGUGGAGGGCAGUUGCGGAGAGGGACAUCCAAAAGGGGGAAGCAUUGAGCUUCUUCUACCCAUCGACAGAGUGGAGCAUGGCUCAACCCUUCAAGUGCAACUGCAAUUCCUCUAGAUGUCUUGGCACCAUUUCCGGCGCAAAGGACAUUGAUGCCCAGACGCUCCUCGAGGGCUACUUUGUCAACGAACACAUUAGACGGUUGAAGGAGGCGCAAAGCAAGGAGGAAAUCAAGUAGAGGAGGCGAGGAAGAAGAAGAAAGGAUGGGAGAAGUUGGGAAAGAAGA